AUGGAAACGGCCGGUGGUAUAGCCGAAACAUUCAAAAAUGGCACGUUCUUAAUUACUGGGAGUACGGGAUUUUUGGGGAAAAUACUCGUUGAAAAAUUGCUCAGGUCUUGUACCGUAAAAAAUAUCGCGAUCCUAGUGAGGAGUAAAAAAGGAUUUGAUGCCAGUCAGAGGGUUGCAGAUAUCUACAGAGAAUCUCUUUUCGAUCGACUUCGUAAUGAAAAACCUGAUUUUAUGAACAACAUCAAAGUCAUUGAUGGAAACAUAGCAGAAGAAUCUUUGGGUUUAUCGACAGCUGAUCGUAACUGGACCAUAGAAAAUGUGAAUUUUGUUUUUCAUUGUGCAGCUACGAUCAAAUUCAACGAAGCGCUAGAGUCGGCGGCAAAAAUAAACAUUCAAGGAACCGGCAAUCUAUUGUCAUUAGCGUCACAGAUGAGAAACCUUAAGGGUUUUGUACACGUGUCGACCGCUUAUUCGCACUGUCCUAGAACUGAGAUCGGAGAACAAUACUAUCCAACUCCGAUUACAGCCAUGGAGCUAAAAAAUAUGUUGGGUGUAGACGAAUUUACUGAAUCUAAAAUUUUAGGAAAUUGGCCAAACACGUACUCUUUUACAAAAGCAAUCACAGAAAAUUUGAUAUCAACAAACGAAAACCGUUUGCCUAUUUCUAUUUUUCGUCCAUCGAUCAUCGGAUGCACGAACUCUGAACCUGAACCAGGGUGGUUGAACAAUUUGAAUGGACCGACAGGAAUACUUACCGGUGUAAUGGUCGGAUUUUUAAGAACGCUACAGCUUUCCAAGGACAAAAUAACCGAUAUAAUCCCAGUGGAUUAUACCGCCAAUGCACUAAUCAGUGUUAUGUGGGAUACCGUUAAAAGACAUCAAGACUGUAAUCAAGUAAACGAACAACCUAAAAUCUAUAAUUACGUUUCAAGUAUUGAUAGCCCGUUGAAAUGGUCUGAAUACAUGGAAGGAAUGCACGAUGUUUACUACGUGUCUCCUCCUUUGAAAUCAAUGUGGUAUACAUUUUAUAUUUUGUACACUAACGUGUGGAUUGGAUUAUUGUUGAAAUUAUUUUUACACCGAAUACCGGCAGCAUUUAUGGACUUAUUUUUAAUCAUGACCGGAAAAAGUCCCAAAAUGCUGAAAAUGUAUUCGAAGACAGAAGCUAUGACAGAUUUACUUAAAAUGUUUACUUCUAAACAAUGGAAAUUCGACAACAGCAACACCAUCGAAUUAUUGUCGUCUCUAAGUAAAGAAGACCGCGAUAAAUUUGAGUUCAGCAUGGAAAAUUUUAACUGGAAACAAUACACAUCAAGCUAUUACUACGGGAUUAGAAAACACAUAUUACACGAAGACUUGAGUAACAUGGUCGAAGCGAAAUCUAGAAACCGAAAGUUGUUCUGGCUGCAUAAAAUGUUAAUUGUUAUUAUUUUCUUUUUCGUAUUACAAUUGUGUUGGACGUGUAUAAGAUAUUUAUGUAAAUUUUAA